GGCACCGCACAACCCGCCAUUUUGAUUUCUACUUUCGCGUGCAUUGCGUCACGGCGUUAGACUAUCAUUUAUGUGAAUUAAAUUAAGUGAAAAGACGUUUUAAAGUGUAGUAGACGCAACAUAUUUUAAAUCCCAGGAAAUCAUAUGCAUACCCAAGCCAUGAACCACUACGGUAAUCAAAGAGGUUUUGGAGGGCCGCCUCAGCCUCAGAGACAGGGCGGUCGCCGUGGAGGUAAUAGAGGUGGAUUUAGAGGACCAACACGUUUUGAUCAAAAUAACCAAAACCAGAGGAAUCAAAAUCAGCCGCAAGGAGGUCAACGUCCCAAUAACGAGCCUAAGCCAGCUCCCCAAGCUGAAAAGCCCCAGCAGCAGCCGCAGGCUCCACAACAGCAACAACGUCCGCAGCAGCAGCAACAACAGCAGCGCCCGCAGCAACAACAACAGCAACAGCAGCCAAGACCGCAGCAGACACCAGCCCAGCCGGCACCGGCCGCCACACCGCAGAAGCAGGAUCCUCCGGCAGCAGCUCCGCAGCAGCAGAAACCCAACACCACCCCCAACAAGCCUGUGGCUCAGGACAGUGUUGAUAAUGUGAUUGUCAUUGAUGAUCAGCCAUCAAAGCCGGCCAACCAAAACCAGCAGAAGAACAUGAAUGGUAACUUCGGAGGCAACAAGCAAGGUGGCUGGCAGGGCGGAAACAAGCAAGGUGGCAACUUUAACCAAGGCGGCAACUUCCAACAUGGACCAAACCAGGGCCCGGGUGGUAAAUUUGGUGGCAAUAAGAAUUUCGGCCAGGGCGGUCAAGGAGGACCUUUUGGACAGAACAAGGGAGGCCCUGGUGGCCCGGGUGGCCCAGGUGGCCCAGCCCGGAAUCAGCAGAGGCAAAGCCGAGGGCCCAUGCUGGAUAGUCAGGGAAAGCCAGUACAGAGAGAGGAACAAAUGCUUGCCAAUAAGUUGAAGGAUCUGGUGGGACCACUAGUUGACUUGCCCCCCCUAGACCAGACCGAACUCAAAUUCAACGGCAGGAGCCGUCUGUACAUUGGCAACUUCACAUCAGAUAUGACCGAAGAAGAAAUACUGGGCUUGUUCGCUCCCUAUGGAGAGACUUCAGAAUUGUUCCUUAACAAGGAGAAAAACUUUGGAUUUAUUAAAGUGGACUACAGAGUAAACGCAGAGAAAGCAAAGCGCGAGUUAGACGGCAAAAUGCGUAACGGCCGAACAUUGAGAGUCAGAUUCGCGCCCCACAACAGCGCAGUUCGCGUCAAGAACCUGCCGCCCUUCGUGUCCAAUGAGCUUCUGUACCGCGCCUUCGAGAUCUUCGGCAAGAUCGAGAGGGCCUACGUGAAGGUGGACGAGCGCGGGAAAUCCAUCGGUGAAGGCGUGGUGGAGUACGCUAGGAAGCCUAGCGCUUUGGCGGCUAUUCGCAACUGCACUGAGCGAUGCUUCUUCCUGACAUCGUCGCUACGGCCAGUAAUUGUGGAAAGCUUUGAGGAGCCCGAUGAGUUUGAUGGUUACCCAGAGAAGAACCUGCCCAAGAAGCACCCUGAUUUCCUGCGCGCCCGGGAGUACGGACCGCGCUUCUCCGAGGCCAACAGCUUCGAGCACGAGUACGGCACCAGGUGGAAGCAGCUGCACGAGCUCCACCGCCAAAAGGAGGAGGCCCUCAAGAAGGAGCUGGCUGCCGAGGAGGAGAAACUGGAGGCCCAGAUGGAGUACGCCAAAUACGAGCACGAGACGGAGCUGCUGCGCGAGCAGCUGCGGCAGCGCGAGCAGGACCGCGAGCGGCAGAAGCGGUCGUGGGAGCAGGCCGAGCGCGCCGCCGACGAGCGCCGCGAGCAGGAGCGCGCGCUGCUGCUGCGCCAGGAGGAGGACCUCACGCAGCGCAUGCGCCACCAGGACGACGAGCUGCGCCGCCGCCAGCAGGAGAACACGCUCUUCGUGCAGGCCCAGCGACUCAACUCAAUGUUAGAUCGCCAGGAGCAAGGCAUGUUCGACCAACAGCAGCCUAUGGAAGGAGGCUUCAGGGACGGAGGCUUCGACAUGCCCCCGCGCGGUUACGAUGACAUGCCGCAGGGCCGCGGCUGGGACAACCCGCGCCAAAUGGACGAUUUCCCUAACAAACGCCGACGAUUCUAAACACGCUGCUGCUGACAUGCGUUGCAACACUGUUGUCGCCGCUUGACACAUAUAUUCUUCAUCAUCUACGGUUAAAUUAAAUAUAAAGCGACCAAACAUCUUUAAACAUUUCCAAUACAAUUCGUAGCUUAGAACAUAGCUAAAAUUACUUUACUAAUCCCGGGAUAUGUUAAAUCCGCUGCGUAUAUUUAAUUUAAUCGCAGAUUUUUAGUGCACAGACUUCUGUGUCAUUAAUCUCUAAUAACUUAAGUAACUUGCGAUUAAAAGUUUUAAAUUGAAUGUAACUCGUAAGCGAAUUAUCGCGCGUUAGCAAUGCGAUAUAUUUUUUAUUUAGAAUGAAUGAAGGGUAUGAAUGCGAUACAUGUAUUGUAGAAUAAGAUAGAUCGUACUUUAGAAGCAUCUUAUGUAUUAAAUAAUGGAAUACUUAGACGGUUUCCGUUGCUGAAAUGCGACAUUACAUUAAAAUAUUCAGUAUUUUUCAUGAUAAAAGAUAACUUAGACACAGUACGUUAUGAAAUCUGUCAUCAUAAGCUACGCGCUUUUACAGGUGAUCGUUUAGUUUGCUAACAUGAAAUCCUUUUUCUUGCGCAUUAAUUAUAUUUCUUUAAAUUGAAAAGGUCACAAAUUUCUUCAUACGUAGCUAAAUCAUGCGGAAAUAUUAAUAUGAAUAAUUUAAAAACAAAUAAACACUAUGCCAACACAAGACCGUAUUUAGUCUGAAAAUAUAAAUAUGUUUUUGAAGUGAAAACUUCUUUAGCGGCGCUGUGCACCUUAAUUCGCGACUCGCGACAGGUCUCGUGACCGUAAGAUUCGUGAGACGUAAGACGGACACGUGACCUGAUCGGAACACUGUUACAAUGUCAUUGAGUUUUCACUUCUGCCGGCACUACCGGAGUGCAACCCGUUGUUUUUUUUCUAAUUUCCGGUUUUCCACUAUUAUGAAUUCAGUUAUCUAUGCUUGGUUCCUACCAAGGUUUGUAAAAAAGCUAUAAGUAAAAAAAAGUACAAAUUGCAGGUGCGUGUGAUGUGACCUACCGAUCAAAUAUUGGCAAUUUUGUAAUUUUUUAAACAUAACUUCUCAGACACUGCCUUUUCAUGCCUAAGCAUGAUUAAGAGUAGUUCAUUAUCUCUUUAAUUCAUAACUUUUAUGUUUUAUAUAAUAAAUAGUGCGGUUGCUAGACAAUUUGAAAAGUAGAUUUACUGGAUUGAGAGAUGUGACAGUGUGCGUGUGCUUUAAUUAGGUUACUAAAUAUAGAUAUUUUAACCCUUUAUCGCGUACUAUUCGAGUUAAUUCAUUGCAUAUUUCCAGGUUAGGUUUGUUAUAAGAUUUUAAUUUAAGCGUACUUUCUGAAACGUGUAUCGAUAAAGGGUUAAAUCUUGACAUUGAUUAUUUAUGAAAAUUAAAUAAAAGUCUACUUUAUAAUAAAUUACCACUUAAAUAUCACGAA